AUGAAUGACGACGAACGGGGUGGCGAACGCCAAAACGAAUAUGACGAAAACCAAAACAGCGCGCACCAUGCGGCCGCCGUCGUAAGCAGCCGGCUCGUACACCACCCCACCCGGCACGUACUCCAGCGCGAGGAAUAUGUACUUCCCGACGUCGUCGUCGAUGACCUCGUACAGACGCACGACAGGCUGUGGGUCCCGCAGACGGAGACGAUCUCGUUCCAUCCGUUACUCUUCAACGUGAGCAACGGGUACUACGUUAACCUCUUGCGCGUGAAGGGCGCGGGGGUGCUCUCGAGGCAUAAACACCCCGGGGCGGUGCACGGCUGGGUGUUACGAGGCGAGUGGAGGUACCUCGAGCACGACUGGGUCGCGAAGGAAGGGAGCUACGUGUUCGAGCCGCCGGGGGAGACGCACACGCUCGUGGUUCCGGAAGGGUGCGACGAGAUGAUCACGAUGUUUCACGUGCAGGGGUCGUUGAAUUACUGCGACGAACGCGGGGACGUGAUCAAGUCCGAGGACGUGUUCGAUAAGCUCGACAUGGCGCGGAAGCACUACGAGAGCGUCGGCUUGGGCGCGAGCUACGUGGACAACUUCGUGCGGUGAUUCUUUAAGACUAACUACAUAAGCGUAGUUAGUACGAAGGUAGUAGUGUAUGCGUUGCGGUUUGGUCGUGCUUGUAACAUAAGGUAUCAUGACAAGGU